AUGGCCCUCAACAACUCUACCCUGCGGAGAACCCUCCGAGCCUACCAAAUAUACGGAGCAAACACCAACGUUGGAAAGACGAUCAUGUCCACCAUCCUCGGCAAAGCCUUCUUACGAAAGUACCCCGGCGAGUCCAUGCAUUAUCUCAAACCAGUUUCGACGGGACCGGUAGACGAAGCAGAUGAUCGACAUUUGGCUCAAUUCGCUCCCGAGACAAAGACACGAUGUUUAUUUCAAUUCGACGAAGCAGUUAGUCCUCAUAUCGCGGCGCGGUCGAGCAACCCCCCGUCCGACUCCGAAAUCCAUGAACAAGUUCUCGCCCAUCUCACAGCAUGUGCCAAAUCAGGCUCUAGCACACUUCUAUUAGAAACAGCAGGCGGUGUUCAUUCUCCUACCCCCAGUGGCAGUUCCCAGGCGGACCUCUUCAGGCCCCUUAGACUACCCGUGUGUUUAGUAGCAGAUCAUCGUCUAGGCGGAAUCUCAGCUUCUAUCUCGGCUUUUGAAUCACUCCAUAUCAGAGGUUAUGAUGUGGAUGCCGUGUUACAAUUCGAUGAUCAAAAGUAUCAAAACUAUGCCUAUCUUAAAGCAUAUUUUGAAAAGAAAGGAAUCCUGGUUCUCUCACUUCCCCCACCCCCUCCACAUGGACAAACGCAACAAGAAGACUUCGUACUCAUGUCAGAAUAUUACGCCAAAGCAGGCAGGUUAGACGUAGUCGACGAAACGAUCUCAAAAUUGUCCGAAAAGCACACCACGCGGAUCCAGUCUCUCGAAGAAAUGUCUGGCAAUGCACACAAGCAGAUCUGGUACCCCUUCACUCAACACCGAGACGUCUCUCCCCAAACGAUUAUGACCAUUGAUUCCGCCUCAGGCGAUUUCUUCCAAACUCACUCUACAACCACUGCUACCACCACCAUACCUCAAGACACCAUCUUGACCCCAACCUUUGAUGGCAGCGCAAGUUGGUGGACCCAGGGUCUCGGCCACGGCAACCCCUCGCUAUCUCUGGCAGCAGCCUACGCCUCCGGCCGUUACGGACACGUAAUGUUCGCGGGCACAAUACAUCAACCCGCCUUGCAACUGGCCUCCAGCCUCCUUGCACACCUGCAAAACCACCGGCUCCAAAAAGUCUUCUUCUCAGACAACGGGAGCACAGGGAUGGAGGUAGCGACCAAGAUGGCGCUCACAGCGUCUUUUGAGAGGUACAGGUGGGAUGUGCCGAAGAAGGAGGUGGGUGUGUUGGGUUUGAAGGGCUCGUAUCAUGGGGAUACAAUCGGGGCGAUGGAUUGCUCGGAGCCAUCGACUUUUAAUGAGAAGGUGCAUUGGUAUACAGGCAAGGGGUAUUGGUUUGAUUUUCCACAGGUCAAGAUGGUGAAGGGACAGUGGGUUAUUGAGCCGCCUGAGGGGAUGGACGAAGAGUUUGGAGGGGCUGUUGGUUUUCUUUCUUUAGCGGAGAUCUUUGAUAUCCAGGCCAGGUACGAAUCACCUUCUGGUCAAAGGUACCAAAAUUAUAUCCAGGAUACGCUUGAGAGGCUCGUGAAGCAGGAGGGAAUGACCUUUGGCGCUCUGAUAAUGGAGCCUGUGCUAUUAGGAGCUGGCGGUAUGCUCUUUGUCGACCCCUUAUUCCAAUACACCCUCGUCCAAGUAAUCCGCACCAACCCGCAAAUCUUCAGCCAAUCUACCCCUCCCCCCACCUCAAACCCACAAGCAUGGAGUGGACUCCCCGUAGUCUUCGACGAGGUAUUCACAGGCCUUUACCGUCUCGGACGCUUCAGCUCCGCCUCAUUCCUACAAACUUGCCCCGACAUCUCAGUCCAUGCCAAACUCCUCACAGGAGGACUGGUCCCUCUCUGCACCACACUUGCUAGUGAUAGUAUCUAUGAUGCUUUCCUGGGGUCGGAGAAGAGAGACGCGCUGUUGCACGGACAUAGUUACACUGCUCAUCCUGUGGGGUGUCAUGUUGCUAACACAUCGUUGAAUACUAUGCUUGAGAUGGAGGCUGGUGGGAGUUGGCAGGAGUUCAAGAAUGAUUGGCGAGAGGGAGCCGAGUCAGCAAGCCCAGAGUCUGUCACAGAUGUGUGGAGUGUGUGGUCAAAAGACUUCAUUAGUCGCCUAUCAUAUGCUCGCGAGGUUGAGAGUGUGGUGACUCUUGGAUCCGUUCUGGCUAUCAAGUUACAGGAUGCAAACGUUGGUUACAGCUCGACAGCUGCUGUUGGCCUCCAGAAGCGAUUGCUGGAACGGUCCACUGGUUUUAACAUCCAUGUUAGAGUGUUGGGUAAUGUGCUCUACAUGAUGGCGAGUCAGACCUCAAAACCGAAGACAUUGAGGAGUAUCGAGAAGCUUUUGGCUACUGAGCUAUUGUGA